AUGGGCCAAAAGACUAACAAGAAACUAGCAUUUGCUGAAUGCGGCAAAAGGGAAGGCUAUGGCGUGUGGAUAAUGUGCAGAAAAGAGAGCACCGCCAUGAAGAAUUGUAUACUGGACAGACAGCAGAGCAAGUAUGUGGACGAACAGAGAGAUCUUUACAUCCAGAGGAAGAUGGAGAAACUCAAGGAAUCUAGUUAA